AUGGAGGCGCUGGAGCUGGAGCUGCUGGAGGUGCUGGAGCCGCUGGUCCCGGAGGUGCUCGUACUGGAGGUACUGGAGCUGAUGGAGCUGGAGGUGCUGCAGGCGUUGGAGCUGGAGGCACUGGAGCUGUUGGAGCUGGAGGCGCUGGAGCUGGAGGCGCUGGAGCUGGAGCUGCUGGAGGUGCUGGAGCCGCUGGUCCCGGAGGUGCUCGUACUGAAGGUACUGGAGCUGCUGGAGCUGGCGGUGCUGCAGGCGUUGGAGCUGGAGGCGCUGGAGCUGGAUCUACUGGAGCUGGAGGUGCUGCAGGCGUUGGAGCUGGAGGCGCUAGAGCUGGAGACCCUGGAGCUGGAGGUGCUGGCCCUGGUGGUGCUGGUGCUGUCGGUGCUGCGUCCUCCUCCUGUCCCUGGCACGCACCAGAUGGCACUUCGUCCUUCCUCUGGUCCACAGUGUGUCCCUCUGCCGUCUCCUCCUGCGUCCUCUCUUCCUGACGUUCCUGACCCGCCGUCAGACCUUGCUCGUGCUGCAGUCCUAGUGUCACGCGUCUUCUAG